CACGAGUGUCUGAGUGUGUGUGGCUCCUUCUUUGGCCCACGCCUCCGGGCCGGGACUGCUGCGUAGGCGCGUCGGGGGAGACUGGCAUUAUCGCCGGGCCCCGGAGAUUGUGGUGACAUUGCAAGUUUGGAUUCGGGUGCAGGUGCUGAGUUUUGUAGAUCAGAGCCAAGAGAAGGGGCCCCGAAGGGUUGCAGGGAACCGAGGCCUGCGGAUCUGGAUACCACAAUCCUUGGAGUUACUGAGGGAUAGCAUCCUAGGUGUUCUUCUAACCCUGCCAUUCAAUCUGUUGCCAAGUCCUGUGGAUUCUACCUUUCACAACAUUGCUCCUGAAACUGCCACCAUCUUGGUGCAGAUUAAAGAGAGACAUAUGAGUACCCUGGAAGCCAGAAAAGGAGGCAUUGGCACUGGACUAAAAAGUGGUUGAACCAUCUAAGACUCCACUAGAAUUUAAAGUCGAAAAAUGAAUCUUGAAAGUGACAGUACAGCAUCUAAAAGCAUUUUUGAUAUGGACUAUGCUUCAUGGAAAAUCCGCCUAAUAUUAGUGGUGGCCGGUUUUUUCUUCUACCUGGGUGUUUUUGUGGUUUGCCAUCAGCUCUCUUCCUGUCUUAAUGCCACAUAUCGAUCUCUAGUAGCUAAGGAGAAGGUCUUCUGGAAUCUUGCUGCCACCCGAGCAGUUUUUGGAGUUCAAAGCUCCAUUGCUGGUCUGUGGGCUUUGCUCAUGGACCCUGUUCUCUCUGCUGAUAAAGCAUAUUCUCAGCAGAACUGGUGCUGGUUUAACAUUGUAACUGCAACUGGCUUCUUUUUCUUUGAAAAUGCUGCUGUUCAUGUGUCAAAUUUGGUUUUCCGGACAUUUGAUAUGUUCUUAGUAGUCCAUCAUCUUUUUGCCUUUCUUGGCUUUCUUGGGUUAGUGAUCAAUCUCAAAGCUGGCCACUAUCUAGCCAUGACAACCCUGCUGCUGGAGAUGAGCACCCCUUUUACCUGUAUCUCCUGGAUGCUUUUAAAGGCUGGCUGGGCUGAUUCUCUGUUUUGGAAGGUAAACCAAUGGUUGAUGAUCCACAUGUUUCAUGGACGCAUGUUUUUGACUUACCACAUGUGGUGGGUAUGUUUUUGGCACUGGAAUGACCUAAUUAACAGUUUGGCUCAUCCACAUCUUGCACUUUUCAUUGUUGGACUGGCCCUCCUUACAUUAAUUAUUAACCCAUACUGGACAAACAAGAAGACUCAACAGCUGCUCAAUCCAGUGGAUUGGAACUUUGCACAUUCAGGACCAAAAAACAGUCAGUCUGUAAAAGUGAAUGGCCAGACUCUCCAAAGGAAGAGGCAGUAAAUGUCUGCUAAGAACUGGAAAAUAAAUGGGACACACACAAUGUGGAAGUCUGAGAAAAUUCUUUUAAAAUCAGUAACCAGCUGGUGAACAGGUGUUUGUUUUGAUUUUUGUAUCUUCUUGGUGUUCGUUUUGAAGUAGCCAUAAAGUAUUUUGUUUUUGUUUUUAAACUUCAAUUUGCUUUUAUAGUGGAUUUUGCCCCAUAACAAAUUCUUUUCACUUCCAGGGUUUGUUGCAGUAAAUUUUACCCAUGUUGGGUUCAUUAAUGUAGUAUUAAGAAAUAUGAAGCAUGGUAUAAGGAACUCUUAAAUUGUGGGUUAACUUUGAGUCAGCAUUUAUUUUCUGUUCUUUUUUUCAAAGAUUUGUCUUUUCUUAUAAGGAACUCUCAAAUUGUGGAUUAACUUUGAGUCAGCAUUUUUUUCUGUUCUUGUUUUCAUACAGUAAUGUGAUUUGUAGCUUUGUUUAAAAUUAUAGUUACAUUUUUAAAAGCCAUGUGUGCAACACUGUCACCUAGUGGCAGAAUGUUACAUCAACCAACUGAUUCUUCUAGGUUCAACUCACAAAGCAUGGAGAGAAAUAAUGGUCCUUGAAAUGAAGGAAUUUUCUUGUGGAGUUGGAAUUUCAAAGCAAACGUUUGAAGGAACUUUAGUGCACGUUAAGAGAUGUGAAAAAUUUCUAAUUCAUAUAUUUUAGCUAUGAAUUUGCACCCAGAAGUAGGUACUGGUAGUGUCAUCAGACUCUGGAAUAGUUACUUUUUUUGUUUUGUUUUUUGGACAAGUAUAUUUCUUUAUAUUUUAUAUUUCCCCAAAUGAAGGCCAAAUUUAGUAUUAACAAUUAGCCAAUGUUAUAAAUGCUUUAACUUCUAUAUUUUUUUUUCUUCAGGGUAUAUUUUUCUAUUUUACAUUUUGUUUUACUUUCUAUUGUGGGGACCAAUUUUUUUUUUUUUUUUGCAGGGCA